CUAACACCAUUGACCCCACAGCCUCGGUGAAGGGGCGCUACACCAGGAAGACUGACGGCCUCCUGUACCUGAACCCGGAGAUCCUGAGGACAUAUGACCAGGCCAGGAACCACUGCGCCUCUAUCCCUGGUCACCGCCUCGCCAUCCUCAAGACGUAUCCUCAGUGGGAGUCCUUCAAGAGCCUCUACAAUCCUGAAGAUGAGCACCUGUGGCUGGUGGACCUGGUGGGGAUGUCCUCCAAGACAGCGGUGUGGGGUGACGGUACACCUUUCCUCUCCACACCUUUAGCACAACACCUGGAGCUAAUUAACGACGGCAAAGGUGAUGACAUAUUUGUUAUGAACGACAAUCAGUUAUAUGUCGGGGCUCGUGAUAAACUGAGGCGGUUCUUGUGUCAGGCUAAUCCACAAAGGAUAAGAGGCAUCACCGUAACAUCAGUAGAUCAGAGAGGUAACCCCACGGGUGCCCCAACAAGGCCAUUACCGAGCGCCUCCCCCAAUUACCGCGGGAGGCAGACCGUCACCUCGAGAUGGACUCGGGUACUGAAGGAAGCUUUCGCCUUCUUUCAUCUGGUGUUUUCUCAGGCCACCAGGAUCACCAGCAGGCCACCAGGAUCACCAGCAGGCCACCAGGAUCACCAGCAGGCCACCAGGAUCACCAGUAGGCCACCAGGAUCACCAGCAGGCCACCAGGAUCACCAGCAGGCCACCAGGAUCACCAGCAGGCCACCAGGAUCACCAACAGGCCACCAGGAUCACCAGCAGGCCACCAGGAUCACCAGCAGGCCACCUAGGAUCACCAGCAGGCCACCAGGAUCACCAGCAGGCCACCAGGAUCACCAGCAGGCCACCAGGAUCACCAGCAGGCCACCAGGAUCACCAACAGGCCACCAGGAUCACCAGCAGGCCACCAGGGAUCACCAGCAGGCCACCAGGAUCACCAGCAGGCCACCAGGAUCACCAGCAGGCCACCAGGAUCACCAGCAGCCGCCUGGAUCACCAGCAGGCCACCAGGAUCACCAGCAGGCCAGGAUCACCAGCAGGCCACCAGGAUCACCAGCAGGCCAUCAGGGUCACCAACAGGCCACCAGGAUCACCAGCACACCAGGAUCACCAGCAGGCCACCAGAUCACCAGCAGGCCACCAGGAUCACCAGCAGGCCAGGAUCACCAGCAGGCCACCAGGAUCACCAGCAGGCCACCAGGAUCACCAGCAGGCCACCAGGAUCACCAGCAGGCCACCAGGAUCACCAACAGGCCACCAGGAUCACCAGCAGGCCACCAGGAUCACCAGCAGGCCACCAGGAUCACCAGCAGGCCACCAGGAUCACCAGCAGGCCACCAGGAUCACCAACAGGCCACCAGGAUCACCAGCAGCAGGCCACCAGGAUCACCAGCAGGCCACCAGGAUCACCAGCAGGCCACCAGGAUCACCAGCAGGCCACCAGGAUCACCAGCAGGCCCCCUGUCAUCAACAGCGCCGGGUGGUGCCAUGUCCCCCGUCCCACCCAGCUUCACCCCGCCCCGCCCACUCCCGCCCCCGCCCACCCCGCCCCGCCUCCCACAAUAA